AUGGCUCCAAAUCAAGAAUCAGGACAGUUACUUGUGUCUGUUCAUUCAAAUGACAAUGCUCGAAGUACUGAAGAGGAGGACACGCCCACCCAAUCGCCCGCACAAUCGCCCGCACAAUCGCCCAGGAUCCUCCCCGUUGAGCCUCAUCCCGAACCAGCAAACGAACCUCUUGUAUCCGAUCAAAAGUACAAACUAAACGCAAAACUAUCCAUAUGGAAGCUUAUCUCGAAUUUUUUUAUUUUGGAGGUACUAGCCAUGGUCUUAUCCUCGGGGCUUCUGGUCGCGAUCGUUGUGAUCUUGACGCAGUAUGAUGAUCGUCCUCAACCGAACUGGACAUUGUCGCUGAAUUCGGUAAUCUCCUGGUUAAGCACCGUCUCGAAAGGGUCUGUCUUAUUUUCUCUCAGCGAGGGGAUAGGACAGCUGAAGUGGGUGUGGUUCACGCGAAAGAGCCGACCCUUAGCUGAUCUGAGUGCUUUCGAUGGUGCCAGCCGGGGGCUAUACGGUUGCGCAGGCUUGAUUUGGAAACUCCGAGCAAGACAUUUUGCAGUCCUAGGCAGUGGAGCCAUCAUCCUUGCGAUCGCCUUUGACCCUUUUGUGCAAAAUCUAAUGCACUACUACCCUAAACUCGUUCCCGAUGCUUCAGGGACAGCAAUCGUGUCGAGCAACACUAAAUACGAUGCUUUAGGCCCUCCGUUGGAUGCUGGAAUGUUCUAUGUUGAUCCGGCAAUGAAAGCCAAUAUUUACAAUUCGCUAUUCAACAGCGACUCGUCUAAGCCAUGGUCUACUCCGAGAUACACCUGUAGCUCGGGAAACUGUACCUGGGAUCCAAUUGCUACACUGGAAAUGAGAGCGAGUUGCACAGACAUAACAGACCGACUGAAAACCGAAUGUGAUGGCCACACAUCUAAACCAAUCCAGCAGAUGUGCGCUGUGUAUUUUGAAGGUCGCAGUAAUAAUUUCUCUGUGGCUUUUCAGUUGAACACAUACUCGGGUACGCCAGUCGCUAUAGGAUCGGUGGAUCCUUUGGUCUACAAAAACGGCAUCAUACCUCCUAUCCAACUUAUUGCCCCAGAGGAGGCGCCACGAGGUGAAGCAUUAUGGGAACAUAAGUUCUCAGCACAGUUCAAAUGGCAGGCGAUAGAAUGCAGCAUUGAUCCUGUUGUGCACAGCUUCCGCGCAAAUGUCACCCAGGGUAUCUAUCACGAGGAAACACUGGCCAUCUCGAAGAAUGGAUCUUACGGAGACUCUCCCCGUGAGGACUACUACAUGCAUCCGCCGUGGGGACCGGAAAUGGGCGUCGAACCAGAGAAAGAAUUUAUGAUAGCGACGCUGUCGCUUACAGCGCUGCGAUAUUUCUUUGCAGACUUCUUCGCUGGUCGAGCGCGACUCGAUCUUUUCGGCUUCACCUUUAUCCCUGGGAGAACAGACUAUAAAUACGCAAGUGCGGAUUUGAUGCAGUUUAUCACGCUUUCGAACAUUACCAAUUGCGCAGGUGGAAUUGCCACGAAGAUGCACUGUGCUAUGGAUAAUGUCGCCGAAGCAAUGUCUAAGGCCAUUCGGGAUACAGCGUCAUAUUCGAACCCCACUGUUACAACUGGCCAGGCAAUGACGGCUAAGACACACGUUUCUAUACAUUGGCAGUGGAUCAUUCUUCCGGUCUUGGUGUGGUUAUUGGGCCUUGUCACAUUAUUAGGCACCAUUUGGAAGACCCGCACGGCUAUGAUUCCCACAUGGAAGAAUGAAACGAUGCCACUCCUAUCUGUCUAUAGGAAUAGUCAAAAUGAGAAGCCACAAGGUGAUGAGGUGUUGGAGACUGAGAAGGUGAUGUUAUACCAAAGGGAGGGCAAAAUGGUGCUGUCGGAGUAG